GAAAAAGAAAGGGCUCACGUAUGAUGUGUUUGUGUAUCCUCUGUGUUUUUCUCUCUCGAGUGGUGUAAACAGAGUCUUGUCUCUGUGUAUUUUAGUGUUGAGAUGUUAAUGUUGAGAGAUGAGAUGUGCUGUAAAUCAGUAGGAACUGAUCUGUCCAUGCUGGAUAUUGAUGAUUUCAUCACAGAAAUCUCUCAGCUGAAGAAAGAGGUGGCGUUACUGGAGGCAAAGCUGAGGGCAAGAGGAGAUGAAGGAGAGAAGAGAGAGGAUGUGGAUUGUUGUGAAUCUUCAGUGUAUGUGACUGAUGGAUGUCUGGAUUCAGUGUGGAUGAGCAGAGAUCAGAGCCGCACACCACAGCCACUGCUGGACUCUAAACUCUCUGAAGAGAAAUCCAGACACACACAGGACUCAGAGCUCAGUCUCACUUUACUCUGUUAUACUGAGUCAAAGCCCACAGACGCUCAGGACACUACAGUGUGUGACAGUAAUCAGGGCUUACAGGAUGAGGAAUCUACUGAUCAAACCUCCACAGAGUCUCUGGAUUCUGUCUGUAACGCUGGAGAACAGCAGCAGAUCCUGCAGACCACACUGAAGAUGUGUUCAGUCAAACUGAUCGACUGCACGAACCUGAUGAUGAAGAUUAAAACAGAACCCAAGUCAGAUGAAUUUGAAGACAAUCAUAAUGAUGGACUUGAUUUUAUUCUUUCAGAUGUGAAGAGUGAGUCAUGUUGUGAUGGAGAAACGUCCUCAACAUCAGAAGAUCGACUGACAGCACAAACUCUUUCCUGCAUCACCUGUGGAAAGACAUUCAGCUCACAGAGACAUUUAGAGAGACAUGAGAGAAAACACACAGAACAGAAACUCAGCUUUACUACCUUACAAGAGAAGAAACUUCAUCAUUCAAAAGAGCACGGAGAGAAGAAGAAGUUGUUGUUUCACUGUGAGCAGUGUGGGUUGAAUCUUUUUUCAACAGUGUUUAAUAUUAAAGCUCACAUGAGGACACACAGUGGUGAAAAGUCUUUCUACUGCACUGAAUGUGGCAAAUACUUCAGCACCAAACAAAGUCUUGUUAUUCACCAGAGAAUUCACACAGGAGAAAAACCAUACGAGUGUCCUCACUGUGAGAAGAGAUUUAGACAAAAAGGUGAUGUGAAUACACACAUGCGUUUACACACCAGUGAGAGACCGUAUCAGUGCAGGGAAUGUAACAAAACAUUUAGGGAUUCAGCUUCAUUAAAAUCACACCAGAAUAUUCACUCUGAAGAGAAACGCUAUCAAUGUUCACACUGUGAUAAACAUUUCCGUCAUAAAUCUUGUCUAAUUGUCCAUGAAAGACUUCACACUGGAGUGAAACCUUACGUCUGCCCUCACUGUGGAAAGAGCUUCACUAAUUUAUCUCAUUGCAGCGUUCAUCAGAGGUCUCACACUGGAGAGAAACCUUAUCACUGUAAUGUGUGUGGGAAGAGUUUUAAUCAACGUGACAAUUUUGUAAAGCACCAGAGAGUUCAUACAGGUGAAAAACCUUACAAGUGCUCUCAGUGUGAGAAGACAUUUACUCAGUCAGGUGCCUUAAAAGCCCAUGAGAGAAUUCACACUGGAGAGAAACCUUACGUCUGCUCUCAUUGUGGAAGGAGCUUCUCUACUCUAUCUCAAGUCAGAGUUCAUCAAAGACUUCACACUGGAGAGAAACCUCAUCACUGUAAUGUUUGUGGGAAGAGUUUCAUUCAACGUGACGGUUUACUAAAGCACCAGAGAACUCAUACAGGUGAAAAAAACUUACAAAUGCUCCCAGUGUGACAAGAUAUUACUCAGUCAGGUCACUUAAAAAUCCAUGAGAGAAUUCACACUGAAGAGAAACCCUACGUCUGCUUUGACUGUGGAGAGAGAUUUCCUUUUAUUAAGACAUUUUCAGACUCAUAAAAAGAAACAUACAAAGGAACAAACUACACUGAAAUCAUCAUAGCAUUCUGUUUAUUAGUGAACUUUAAUGCUGAUUGAAAGCAAAAAACAUUGUGUGUAAUGCAUGCAGUGAAUGUGGUUGUGUGUUUUGGAGGGAAACCAUAAGAUAUUGAAGAAUAAAUUAAAUGUUCUAACUUUGUUCAGCAGUUUGUUUACAUGAUUGACUUCUAAGUAUGAGUUUUUUAUCUAACUUCAGAUAAAAGUAUUAGGUUCGUGUAAAUGUACAAGGCACAUAAUGAUCCAGUUUUAAAGUCGCCAUGCAAUUGAAAUGAAAAACUGUAAUUUGUUUUGGAAUAUUGUGGAAUUUUUACCAAUGAUUUAUCUGUGAGCUUCAUU